AUAACCAUUUGGGGAAAUUAUCGUCGACGUGGAGGGGUAUAAAAGCGCAUCGGUAACACAUGCAAAAUCAUCAGCUACAUCUCGUCGCUUCCCCUGUUCUCACCAGAUAUUCAAAAUGCGUUCGCAGUCAACUUGUGGAUUUUUAGCCCUGGUCGUUCUCGGUUGCGUAUUACCGAGCAUCUUGGCCGCUCCGUCGAUUGCCGCAGCCGGUCAUGAAGAAAAUGGGCUGGAGCUUAAUAAUGGCAGAAACGAUCCGAAUGAAAAUCGGGAUAGCCUGGCAGUCGCAUCAAAGUUGGUUCAGGCAUACGGUAGCGAUAUUGCAAAGGUAGCAGCACGCGUGUGUGAUAGAUUAGCCUACGGAGAGACCAUUGACAAGGUAAUGCUGGAAAUAGCUAAAGAAGAGGGCAUGGAUAAAAUUGACAUGAAACAAGUCCGUGAGAUGAUUGAGAAAUUUGGCUGUUCGGCAACCAAAUGGACCUGCCUGCUCUGGGGAGCCGUAUGCUGGGGUCGUUAAAUUUAAAUAACAACUGGUUGGAAUUUCAAGACGGAAGCUGCUAAUCGACACCAUUAUGUUUUGAUUGAUAAUCAAUAAAAAGAGAAUUUGCAAAAUCAA